AUGGCCAAAGCCCUUGGGAUGAUCCGACUUGCUCGUACUGAGGGCUGGGCUGCCGCCUGUUUGUCUGACGUGCACUGCCCGUGGGAGUUCACUGACUACCACUCGCUCCCCGGAGCGCCUCGGGACCUACGAAACACCGUCGUCGCGAUAGAAGAGUUCAUCGUCAUCUUCUGUACUCGCAGUGCGAUUUUGUUGAGCCCGGCGGCGCAGCAGGCUUGGCGAGAUCAUGAGUGCCAUGUCGCCCGACACGAAUGCGGCCGCCUCCUCACAGUGUCUCUGCGUAUCAAGGGCGCCUCGUGCGCUAUUACAUCUGUCUAUGCACCAGACCAGUCCUAUGGAGCCGACCUCCGGCGUGACUUCUUUGAGCUUUGCGAUGAAGUACGUUUGGGAAUCCCUGCGUCGACCUCGCAGCUGUGGUUGGGCAAUUGGAACAACCAUAUUGGAGUCGAUUCCUGCCAACACUACAGCGGCUUGGGCCGAUACGGGAUGAACACACCGGCGGGGACGCCUGGGCGCGAGCUGGCCGCCUGGCUUGCUCACGGCCCGCAGCUCGAUCUCAUCGAUUCGUACUUCAAGAUCCGCCCUCGCGGCACAUGGUCACACCCUGUGGGCGGUCGCCACAUCCACUUCGAGCUUGAUGUUUGUGCGGCGUCGUCGCCUCUGCGGCGCCGGUUUUCGAGAGUCAAGACGUUCCAAGUGGAAUUCAGCGACCACUGUGGCAAGACGUACCACCUGGCCCUCGCCAAGGCCCACGAGGCGUGGCGCGAACUUCGACAACUGGGCGCGGAGGCUCAGAAGCGCCCGCUGGCCCUUCAUCGUAUGCAGGGCUCGCUCCCCGAGGCCGUCGCCCUGAGAGAACAGUAUGUGCGACUUUGCGAAGACCGGACACCGCCUUUGGACGAGAACUGCCCACUUUUUGCCAUUCGGGACAUCGCUGCGGCAGCUGCCGAGGAAGUGGUGGGGAGGGAGUCAAAACGGUGGUGCACUCUGUACCUCGCCGGCCACGCGCGCGAGAUGCAGGCGGAGUGUGAUGCACUGCGGGAACUUCGCCGCCGCCAGCGACUGGCGCCCACGACGGAGGAGUCCACAGCCCUCCGCCAACAGCACCGGGCUCGGUCCCAGGCGUAUCGUGCUCUUCGCCGCAAGUGGCGAGCGGAGUGGAUUUCUGGCAUGGUCACGGAAUUGGAACGCUCCAUGCAAUUUCAUGAUAUGGGCCGUUUCUACGCCACGCUGCGCGAGUUGGGUGUAAAGCUGCAGGAAUAUUCCCAGCGUGGACGUCAAGAUCACACGCCAGAGGCUCUUCGGGAGCACUACAGCAAGCUGGGGGCUGAAGUCAACACGGUCAGUCAAGAAACCUUGGAUAGGUUGCCUCCGCCACGCCCUACCUGUGCAGCUCUCGGCGACACUCCUUCCUCGACAGAGAUUUUGGCGCAGAUGCAGAAGAUGAAGAACUCCGCCGGGGGCAAGGACGAGAUCACGAUCAAGAUGCUGUUGCACGGCGGCGACCGGGUGGUGGGCCACACUAUCCAUGGCAUCCAGCACAUGUGGGUGACCCCGCCGCAGGAGCGGGAGGCCUUUCUCCAUGAAGCAGUGGUUAUUUCUCUUUGGAAGCGGAAAGGAGACCCUCAAGAUCUAGACAAGCACAGAGACAUCUGCCUGAUCUCGAUCUUUGCCAGGAUCAUCGCCCGAGUCCUGUCUGCCCGGCUUACAGCGUACUGUGAAGAACACCAUGUGUUGGCCAACGACCAAUGGGGUUUCCGGCCUAUGCGGAGUACGCUGGGUGCAGUCUCGGUGGUCCGGCGUCUGGUUGAUUUGGCGUGUCAUUGUGGGGCCGACAACAUCGAUGACCCUAUUUGCGUCGAGCCGCUGGACAUGCAGAAAGCAUACCCCUCGGCCUUCAGGAACGCAGCGGAGGUUGUCGAGCGCAACGAGGGCAUCCCGGAGGCCGUGAUUCAGCUGGAGAAGGGCCUGACGGAGCUCACAGAGUAUGUUUGUCGGAACAAGCUCGGCUACUCCAAGCCGUACAAACUGCUGCGGGGGUUCAAAGAAGGAUGCCCGGCGUGUUGCGUCCGCUACAAUAUUUACCAUAACGCAGGCCUCCGUGAUUUCCGAGCACGCUCUGCGGCGGCUGGCCUGUCUGACACUGUACAGCUUCGCCAUGCACCGGAGACCGUCCGCAUACAUCCACUCAACGGCAUGCACGGCCCGAAAUGGCAGCGGCAGGCCGACACUUGGGAGCGCUUCACCGUGGACCUCAUCAGCUUUGCGGACGACACUAACCUGGUGCAUCGGGCGUCGGUGGCCGAAGCUCGCCGCGAUCUGAUCACCUCGACUAUGAACGAAUGGGGCGAGACGGUGCACCCUGACAAGUGGCAACACCUGCGCGCUCGGCGGGCGACGCCGGCGACUGCCGCAGCCCCUGCACAUGCUGCCGCAGCACCACGCGCUGAGCAUCCGCCCAGGCGGCGCCCGGCCGCAGCCGCGCCUGCAGCCGCUUCGACAGCCGCCCCGGCAGCCGCCCAGGGCCUGGUCCGACGGCGGGUUACUGGCAAGAGCUCGGCGGCGGCCGCCUUGGGCCCAGCCCUGGCGGCGCCUCCGCCAGCAGCCGCUCAGAAAUGGGACCCAUCUAUUGAGUUGCUGGGAUCUUGGAUCUCGGCGGACGGCACCACUGACCGCAACCUGUACGAGAGGCUGACUCGGGCCCGAAAGCUUUGGUAUGCCGUGUAUCGUCGACUUCCAUCACUGGGCCUGAGCGCCCGGGAGAAGGGCAAAGUGGUCCAGGCAACGGUUAUGGCUUCUCUGUUGUACGCCUGCGAGGUCACGCCUUUCAAUACGAAGCAGUUGGACAUUCUUCAGAGAUUCCAGAACAGGGUGGUCCGCGCCGUGACAAUGAGCUCCACUCUCACCAUCCGCACCAUGAAGGGCCGACUCACGCAGACCGAUUUGCGGCUCUGGACGGGCAUGGACAGCAUUAGGGUGCAGAUCAUUAAGCGCACUCUGGGCUGGAUUGGGCACGUCUGCCGUCGGGGUUCGUCUCGGCUAGAAUACCGUAUGCUGCGUGGCUGGCUGGACCCUGAGUGCACUUACACAGCAGCGGGCCGCGGUCUUACGUGGAAGAAGCAAGUGGAUGAUUGGUUGCGCGGCGUGGAGGCGCUUGACGGACAGGGGCGACCAUGGCAUGUCUUGGCGACCACGUACGAUGACAGCGGUAGCCAUCACCUGUGGGAUCAACUGCUGCGCACUUACGUCGAGGCCAAGCGCAAGAGCGCGGACCAGGCGAAGGCGCGCAUCAAGCCCAUGACCACCUGCGAAUGUGGCGCCAGCAUGCCGUUCGAGACCUGGAGGGAGGCGACACGGAGACGUACUAUCGCAGAGUACGGGGAGGCGACGGUGAACACCUGGCCCCAACAGUGCCCGCACUGCGGCUUGCCAUUUCGAGACAUCUUCGCGAAGAGGGUACACGUCGGGCACUGCAAGAAGCGGCGUCAGGCCGCGAACCUGCCGCUGGACGGAUACCCGGGCUUUCGGCAGCCCUGA